ACAAAAGAAAAAGCAAUUCAUGAACAGUAUCAUGGUCUCUCUCUCCUUAUUGCCCAACUUCCUCGUAAUAGCUACCGAGGUUUGCUGCAAUUAAACUAUGCAGUUUAUAAAUAGGGUCGAGUUCAUGAUGUCAGUUGUACUUAUGCAUGGUAGCAGAAGCAAUAAAAGAAAUUAGCAGUAACCCUUUUCAUGGCUUCCUUAACCACAGCUUGCCUAUUGGCACUACUACUCACUGCUUCUCUAUCUCUGCCCAUGGAGAUCACAGCAGUCCGUUUCCCAUCUCCACAACAUGGGAUUCCUGCACCCCCUAAGAAACUCUCAAUUCCAUCCCCAUCACCAUUACCCACCAUCUUUUCUCCACCUCAACCCCACCACAAAUCUCAACCACCUCCAAAAUGUGAUGAUGAAACUCCUCCUCCUCCUCCUCCGCCGCAUCGCUCUGGCUCAAAGAGGGCACUGCCCCCGGGAAAGAUGUACUAUUUGCCUCCAUUUCCAGGAAUCUGAUAAGAUCCUGGAUGAAAGCACAGGGAUGCAAAUAUAUGUGCAUGUCAAUUAUAUAAUAAGCGUUCUUAUACAAGCUAGAAUAAUGAAGGUGAAGGCGGUGGUUCUAUCUGCAAGCUGUGUAUACUUGCAGCUGCUGGCAUGCUGCUGUGAAAAAGUUACAAAAACACAAGUUGCAAGGGAAGAUCAGAGAAAUGAAGUACUUUAUAUGCUAAUUAUAGGCUUAUUGCUGUUGUGAAAUAAGUUACAAAAACAAAUGAUACGAUUGUUGUGUAAGCAGUGAAGAAGAGAAAUAAUUUAAUAAAGAUAUAUUGUUUUAUAUA